UCCUGCGUUCAGCUUGCAUCUGUGGGGACCUUCCAAGUGCUCAAACUGCCCCUGGGAUUUAUCCGGGUUUUGGAAUGGCUCUUUGCCAUCUUUGCAUUUGCAACAUGUGGGGGCUACACUGGGCAGCUGCGGGUUAGUGUUGACUGUAUGGAGAAGGCCAGCAGCAACCUCAGCAUUGGGAUUGACUUCGCCUAUCCAUUUAGGUUGCACCAGGUUUCUUUUGAGGCACCCCUGUGUGAGGGGAUGAGGAGGGAGCACCUUUUCCUCAUUGGGGACUACUCUUCUUCUGCAGAAUUUUUUGUUACCAUUGCCGUCUUUGCCUUCCUCUACUCCCUCAUGGCCACUGUUGUCUACAUCUUCUUUCAGAACAAAUACCGUGAGAACAACCGGGGACCCCUCAUUGACUUUAUUGUGACAGUAGUGUUCUCCUUCAUGUGGCUGGUCAGCUCCUCUGCUUGGGCCAAAGCUCUGUCCGACGUCAAGGUAGCCACCGAUCCAGAUGAGGUCCAGCUUCUCAUCUCUGCCUGCAAAGUCCAGACGAACAAGUGUGGCUCUUUACUUGGACCACGCUGGUCCGGACUUAACACCUCUGUGGUCUUUGGGUUUCUAAACUUUGUGCUGUGGGCUGGGAACAUCUGGUUUGUCUUCAAGGAGACUGGUUGGCACAAGGGUGCUGCCAAGUACCCAGGCGGAGCACCUGAGAAACAGGCUGGCACUUUCAACCAGCAGCCCUACAAUCAAGGAAGUUUUGACCAACCAGGAGGCUUCAGCGCCCAUGGAGACCUCAGCCAACCAUCUGAGUAUGGCCAGGUGGGCGGGUCCAUGUCCUAUUCCAAUCAAAUGUAG